UCCCUGCGUUGCUCUUCUAGAUAGAACUGGAGAAAAGCUGCUAUUCGGACCACGAAAUCCGCAAACAGGAGGAGGAGGAGCGUCUCAGGAGGAGGAAGGAAAGUGCCUACGAUGAGGACGAAGCACCCGGCAAAACGGUCAUCAUGGCUCAAGACCUGGAGGACAAGUGGGAACAGAAGUUCCUGCGAUUUAAAGCUGCUUCACGGAUAACAGAUGCUGAUAAAAACAACGAUCGAACAUCGCUGAACAGGAAGCUGGACAGAAACCUGAUGCUUCUGGUGAAACAGAAAGUUGGUGACCAGGAGCUGUGGCUUCUGCCUCAAGUGGAGUGGCAGCCUGGAGAGACUCUGCGAAGCACGGCCGAGCGAGCCAUGGCUGCAGUUUUGGGAGAUCACAUUCAAGCCAAAGUCCUGGGGAAUGCACCAUAUGGGAUUUACAAGUAUAAAUUCCCCAGGGCCAUCAGGACUGAGGAUAACGUAGGAGCCAAAGUAUUCUUCUUCAAAGCCUUCCUCCAGAGCAGUGACUUGUCCCAGGCAGAGCUGAAGGAGGACUACCUGUGGGUCACAAAGGACGAGCUGGGAGAGUACUUGAAGUCAGAAUACCUGAAAAAAGUCAAUCGAUUCCUUCUGGACUUGUAAGCAGUAGUCUGCUCCAGCAGAUGGGGAAGAUGUGGGAAGUGACUCCAGGGAGGAGCACAGCUGCUGCUCUGCAUGGUCUCUCUGUGUGUGAGAGGUUCACUUGGGCUCUGGAGGAUAAUUUGUCUUUGCCUUAUUUCCCAGUUCUUUUCACUGGGGCUGUACAGAAUAAAUAUUAAAACUUAGAGUGGGCAGUGAA